GGAUGGAUGGUCAGACUCUGCGAAAGGCCAUCAGAAGCCGGUCCUGCUCACGGGAGAAAAAGGAGGGUUACACUAAGGACAUGGUGACAGACUUUGAUGAGAAACAUGAUGAGUAUUUAAUAUUGCUUCAGCAGAGGAACCGGAUAUUAAAGCAGUUGAAAGCCAAGGACCCCGUGCAAUUGAGGCUGGAGCACUUGGAGCAAGGUUUCUCUGUCUACGUGAACGGGGCCAAUUCUGAGCUGAAGAACUCACCACGGAAAGCCGUUCACCCCGACUUCUCCAGAAGCGCCUCGCAUGCCGAGGGGACACGUGAUUACGGACGAAGAACCCUGUUUCGAGAAGCUGAAGAAGCCUUAAGACGCAAUUCACGGACGGCCCCCAGUAAAGUUCAGCGCCGAGGAUGGCACCAGGAAUCCGUGCAGAUCAGAACAGAAGCUGGCCCACGGCUCCACAUCGAACCUCCUCUGGACUAUUCGGAAGAUUUUGAGCCGUGUGGGGACGUGACGAUCAAGGCAAAGGAUGCUUCUGAGGGUCAUCUGCAGGAGCUGAGAAAAAGCCUAGAACUCAGCGUACAUCUACAAAGGAAGCAAAAGGAUUGUUCCAGUGACGAGUAUGACUCUAUUGAAGAAGACGUACUCUCUGAGCCCGAGCCCGAGGACCAGGUGCUGGUGGGCCAGCCCCGAGAGGAGCCUCCUCUCCCCAGUGGGAACUCGGUGCAAAAGGAUGUUCCCAAGGACCAGGAGACAGGAGGACGCUCUCCCCAGGGCCCAGACAGCCUUGUGGUCCUGGAAUUUAACCCGGCUUCUAAAAGUAUUAAGAGAGAAAGGAAUUUGUCGGCAAAGAGGAAGGACAACGCUGAGGUCUUCAUUCCCAGCAAACCCGAGUCAAACCUGAAUCCCCAGCCCCCGGCUGUGUUUCCAGACCAGGAGAGGACUUGCUCCAGACCUGGAAGCCGGCGAGAGAGACCCCUGUCUGCAACCCGCAAAACCGUUUGUGAGGCCGAGGACCGAGAGGAAGACGCCUCUGCCGUGCUCCGAGCCAUCCAGGUGGAGAACGCAGCCCUGCAGAGGGUGAUCCUGAGCAGGAAGGCCGAGCUGCAGGAUGUGGAGGGACCACCAGUAAAACCGUGGACCAGACUGCUGAAGGAGAAGGAAGAGACCCUUGAGCCGCUUCCCAUCGCCACGGCGACCACCACUCAGGAGCCGUCCAGGGCAGCAGGGGGAGACAAAGCCAUCGACCAAGCCAUUGACAGAAUCGGCCUUCUGGGAAGCAGACAACAGCAGAAGCUUCUGAAAGUCCUCCAGGCCAUCGAAAGUGACUCUGCCCACCUCGGCGGGGUUGUUUCACCAACUGAGGAACAAGUACUGGACCCAGAGGACAAUCAGAGAACGAGAGCAGAAGAGAUCAAAGAUGCUGUCUACGUGACCAUGGAAAUCCUGUCCAACUGGGGCAACCCAUUGUGGGUGGGUCUCACAGAAGUCGAGUUCUUUGACCUAAACGACACAAAGCUUUAUGUGUCACCCCAUGACGUGGAUAUCCGGAACACAGACACACCCGGGCACCUGGGCUACCUUGUCAACAGGAACUUAUCUGGCAAGAAAGAGGCCUCCUUAUGGACCUGCCCCUUCCACCCGCCGCUCCAGCUCUUUUUCGUCAUCCGCAACACAAGGCAGCUGCACGACUUCGAUCUGGCCAAGGUCAAGGUUUGGAAUUACUGGACAACUGAUGGCGAUCUCAGCGUUGGUGCCAAGAACGUGAGGCUUUAUGUCAACAAAAACCUCAUCUUUGAUGGCGAGUUAGACAAAGGAGGUGGGGAGGCCCCGGCGGACCACAGCAUCCCGGUCGACCUGCCGGUCGACCUGAAGAGGGAGGACAGUGAGCGAGCGGAGAUCGCCAUGAGUGCCUGCUCAGAGGAAAGCAAGGAUGUCCCCAAGAUGCCUGGCACAGAUGGGGACAAGGAGCCCAGUCUCAGUUGCUCGCAGCCAGCUGAAGCAUUAGUGGAUGUGAAGCUUUCUUCACAAGGUGAUUUAUCUGGCGAGAGGAUGAAUUCUGCUAACUGCAUGAAAGACAGUUUGUCCAAGUUAGAGGAAGAUUUAAGAUUGCUGGCGGCCCCUGCUUCGAUGGGUGACCUGCCUGGUGCCCCUGCCACCUCCCCAUGUGAGGGAUGCCCUCCUCGUGACGAAGAGCCCUCUCUGAUCCAACAACUGGAAAAUCUCAUGAGCAGAAAAAUCUCUGAGUUACCAGGGAAAACUCCAGCCUGGUUACAACCUUCUCCCGCAGGGAAAGGCAGGAAGCAGGAAGACAGGAAGCCCAAACCCCUCUGGCUUAGUCCUAAGAAGCCCCCGGACCGGAAGGGCAGGCUCCUGUCAGAUGUCGCUGGUGAAGGUCCCAGACAGAUGGAGGCUGGGGAUAAAGGCCCCCAGCAUGAACAAGAGGGGGUGACCAGCUGGAAUGUCAUCGCUGGUGAGAGACCCCAGAAGGGGACCUCCAAAGUGUAUGGUGAUGACUUAGACAUCUUUAACCAGCCCCCGACCAGGGAGCGCCCUGCUAGUGGGAGGAGGAGCAUGAGGAAGGAUGCCGUCAGCAGUAGUCAUGGUGACAGCCAACCGGCCAGCAGAGAAGACACCUGGUCCACCAGGAAGCCGCCGCGGUCGAAGUGGCACAGUGAACAGGAACACAUGCUGCAUGAGUCGUGGAACUCGCUCAGUGCCUUUGACCGCUCCCACCGGGGACGCAUCUCUAAUAUGGAGUUCCAGGGGGACGUCCUGGACGAGUUCCUGCAGCAACAGAAGAGCAGCCGGCACAGCGACCAGCCACCGCCCUGGAAGGACGAGAAGCCAGAGCCUCCGAGAGGGCAGGAUGGCUGCUCUGGAGAGACGGAUGACGGGGGUGACUUCAAAAUCCCCGUCUUGCCUUAUGGACAGCACUUGGUCGUCCAUAUCCAGUCUACGUGGGGGGACAGACACUAUGUUGGCCUCAACGGAAUAGAAAUAUUCAGUUCCAAGGGGGAGCCGGUGCCAAUUUCAAACAUUAAAGCAGAACCCCCCGACAUCAAUAUUUUACCAGCCUAUGGGAAGGACCCCCGUGUGGUCACCAACCUCAUUGACGGGGUGAACAGGACCCAGGAUGACAUGCACGUCUGGCUGGCCCCCUUCACGCCGGGCAAGUCCCACUCCAUCUCCAUCAACUUCGUGCACCCUUGCCAUGUCGCCAUGAUCAGGAUUUGGAAUUACAAUAAAUCUCGGAUCCAUUCCUUCCGCGGCGUGAAGGACAUCACGAUGCUAUUAGACGCCCAGUGCAUCUUUGAAGGAGAAAUUGCCAAGGCCUCGGGAACCCUGACGGGAGCCCCAGAGCACUUCGGAGACACGAUCUUAUUCACCACCGACGACGACAUUCUCGAGGCCAUAUUCUGCUCUGAUGAGACGUUUGACGUCUAUGUGGAGGGCCUGGGCAGGCUGCAGUACGAGGAGGCGCUGAGGAGGCCCAGCACGGCCGACGGCGACAGGGACGAGCGGCCCUUCAUCCAGGCCGGCCUGUGGGCUGGAGACCCGGUCCUGGAGCUAGAGCUGCCACCCAGUCCCCCUGUCCCUGAAGUCACCACGCCAGAGCCAGGCAUCUACCAUGGGAUCUGCCUUCAGCUGAAUUUCUCUGCGUCCUGGGGGGACCUCCACUACCUGGGGCUCACUGGCCUGGAAGUGGUGGGCAAGGAUGGCCAGGCCCUGCCCAUCCACCUGCACCAGAUCUCCGCCUCUCCCCGAGACUUAAAUGACCUCCCCGAGUACACCGACGACUCCCGGACCCUGGACAAGUUAAUCGAUGGCACCAACAUCACCAUGGAGGACGAGCACAUGUGGCUGGUCCCCUUCUCGCCGGGGCUGGACCACGUGGUCACCGUCCGCUUCGACAGAGCCGAGAGCAUCGCGGGCCUGCGUUUCUGGAACUACAAUAAAUCUCCCGAGGACACCUAUCGAGGGGCCAAAAUCGUGCACGUCUCGCUGGACGGCUUGUGCGUCUCCCCUCCGGAGGGCUUCCUCAUCAGGAAGGGGCCAGGCAACUGUCAUUUUGAUUUUGCUCAAGAAAUCCUCUUCGGGGACUACCUGCAGGCUCGACUGCUGCCCCAGCCGGCCAGGAGGCUCAACAGGAACAGCCUGGAGCGGGCGAGCAUGGACUAUGAGGCACCACUGAUGCCGUGCGGCUUCAUUUUCCAGUUUCAGCUCCUGACCAGCUGGGGCGACCCCUAUUACAUCGGUCUCACGGGCUUGGAGCUGUAUGAUGAGCGGGGGGAAAAAAUCCCCUUGUCGGAGAACAAUAUCGCCGCCUUCCCCGACAGCGUGAACUCCCUGGAGGGCGUCAACGGGGACGUCCGCACCCCGGACAAGCUCAUCGACCAAGUGAACGACACCAGCGACGGCAGGCACAUGUGGCUGGCCCCCAUCCUGCCAGGCCUGGUAAACCGGGUUUAUGUCAUUUUCGAUCUGCCCACCACCGUGUCAAUGAUCAAACUGUGGAAUUACGCGAAAACACCCCAUCGAGGGGUGAAGGAGUUUGGCCUGCUGGUGGACGACCUGCUCGUGUACAACGGGAUCCUGGCCAUGGUGAGCCACCUGGUAGGGGGCAUCCUGCCCACGUGCGAGCCCAUGGUGCCCUACCACACCAUCCUCUUCACCGAGGACGCGCACAUCUGUCACCAGGAGAAACACACCGCCAUCAGCAGCCAGGUCGAGGAUCAGGACGUCCAGAUGAUGAACGAGAACCAGAUCAUCACCAACUCGAAAAGGAAGCAGAGUGCCGCCGACCCAGCCUUACGUCCCAAAACCUGCAUAAGCGAGAAGGAGACGGCGAGAAGAUGGCGGUGCUGACUGGCGCAGGAGGGAGAGCUGGUCCGGCCAGGCUGGGGCUCUGCCA